AUGGAUAGCGAAGUCUCUAGUAGUGGAGUCGUAAAGAAAUCGUCAUUAGGAAAGCAAUGUGCGGCUUUUGGGUGCUAUAAUUUUUCGUACAGACCUGACGGCACGCCGACCGGCCUACAUUUUUUUAAGUUCCCGCAAAGAAAUCCAGAGAAACGAUUAUGGUGCAAUUUGAUUAAACGAGUGGAUGGUCUAGACGGUUUUAAAGUAACAGAGAGUACUCGUUUAUGUCAAGAGCAUUUUAAAGAUUCAGACAUCAAGCGAAACCCUAUGAGAUGGAAGUUAAAUCCUGGUGCAGCCCCAUCCUUGAAAUUAUAUACACCUCCUGUAUCAGGCGAAAGAAGCCAAGCCGUUCGUAAGAAGCCAAGAGAUCGCAGUUCUACCGAUGUUUUGGGGAAACCAUCUUCUUCUAUGUCUUCAACUUCCGUUCUGCUACCUACUUGUUCUUCAAAUUCUUCAUUGCCUGCUGUUGAUGAAGAAAUGACAGAUAGCCUUGCUGCUCUGUCAAUUAGGACAGUGGCAACGCAAACAGACUUUUCAUUUGUCAAGUCACCUACAUUUCUUGAAAGCUGUCUUCUGCCCAGUGAAGGGGAUCAUGACUAUUCACCAGGCAUCCCAAAAGAUCAACAUUUGUUAAAUUUUAUAGAGCUGAAGGAGAAGGUUGAGAAACUUUCAACGCAGAUAUCUGAUUUAAAUGAAGAGCUUGCUGCUACUCAAAAGAAGCUUUUCUCUAUUAAGAAAAUUCAAGAUGAUGACUCAGCAGUAAGAUUUUACACAGGCUUUGCAAAUUACUCUUCUCUUUGUGCUGUAUUUGAAUAUUUUGAACCAAAGCUUCAAAAACUUUCAUACUGGCGUGGACACAAAGCAUCAAGCAAGCCUUCUGAAGAAUCUAUUAAGUCCUCAAAGCGUGGACGUAAAAGGAAGUUGUCACAUUUUCAAGAAUUUAUUUUUGUUUUGAUACGUCUCAAAGUUGGUUUGUUUCUGGUUGAUCUUGCAGACAGAUUUGGUAUUUCUGUAGGACAUGCUUCAAAAAUCUUCACAACUUGGAUUAACUUUCUUUAUCAUGAACUGCCCAUCCUCUUUCCAUUUCCUUCUAAAGAUCUUGUUAAAAUGAACAUGCCUGAACAGUUCAAGAGGUAUCCAUCUACAAGGAUCAUAAUUGAUUGUACUGAAAUCUUCAUUGAAGUCCCUUCUUCACUUGUUGCUCAGUUACAAACGUGGUCUGAGUAUAAACACCACAAUACUUGGAAAGCCCUUGUUGGGAUAGCCCCCAGUGGUGCAAUUACCUUUAUAUCUAAGCUGUGGUCUGGACGAGUUUCAGACAAAGAAAUAACCUUGAAAUCAGGACUUUUAUCUCUUUUGGAUCCUGGUGACAAUGUUAUGGCUGAUCGUGGCUUUGAUAUUGCAGAAAUUUUACCCCCUGGUGUUACUCUGAACAUUCCCCCUUUCAAAGGGACACGUGACCAGUUGACUCCAGAGGAAGUUGAGGAGACUGCACAUAUUGCUUCAGUCCGAAUCCAUGUUGAAAGAGCAAUUGGACGAGUAAAAACUUGUCAUAUUCUUGAUGGUGUUAUGCCUUUAACUUUAUCCUCUAUCUCUGACCAAAUUUUUACAGUUUGCUGUUACUUAACUAACUUUUCACCAGUUUUGGUUAGGAAUAGUUAAUACAAAGGACCAUAUAUGUAUGCACUAAGGGGGAGAGACUAUGUAAUUCCCUAUAGGAAGGCAGCACCGAUUGAUGGUCAUGUGCUUGCGUUUUUCUGAUUGGCCUAUUUUCAUUCACACCUGGGUAUAUAUUUUCCAUUGUGUUAUUUUGGACCCUUAUUCUGAGGAGUGUCCAAUGAAAGCUUUAAGUAGUAUGUUUUGAAAUGUUUGCAGUGGGCUAUUUUUUAAAUGUAUAUUGUAAGAGGCAAGCCUAUUUGUCUGACACUGGGGUAUUUUCUAAAAUAAGAUACUUACAGGGGGAGGGGGCCUAGGCUGUCAAAAUGAUUUACACUAAAUACAUUUACAAUAUAAAGCAAAUACAAUUCCAAGAAAAGAACAUUUAGCUUCCAUUUGCAAAUCAUUUGAAAGUAAAUGCGUGCAAAUCAUGUGAAGUAUUCAGCAUUUCCUAGCUAGCUUCUAUGGUAUUUACUGCACUGUUUAUUGCAGUUGGGUUGACAAGUUACACUAUUUACUUGUAGUUUUUAGUUCAUACCAUUAACACCGCACAUAACAUAUCACAAUCUUCACUUGAUAUCUUCAUUCAAAAUAAAAUUUUUGCAUAUAUUAUCUUAAUAUAAUCAUCAUUUUGAUCAUGGUUAACAGGAUACUUGAGAGCAACAGUUUAAACUUGUUCUAUAAGUUCAGUUAGCACAACAAUGUCUAUUUCUGUAAUUCUAGCACUUUAAAACAAACAGGAACAGGAUUUAUCAUCAUCAAUGGACAUGUGUAUUUAGAGUUACAAAUAUUAGAAUCAUCCUGUUUUAUACACCAAAUCAUGUAUAGUUCUUGUCUUAAUGGCACCAAGCUUUUUAUGACAAACUGGUAAACCAUGAUUUCCAUGGGAGUAAGUUGUAUAAUUCUUUAGAGUUCUGCUUGUAUUUUGUAUUUGUAUUUGUUGCUACCUAGCUUCCGAAGGUAGUUUUUAGAACACUGAGAAGCUAUGCUUAUCAAGCAGUGUCCUGGUCCUUCCUUCCGUUGUGACCACACCUUGUGAUUCCUACGCCUGGAUUUACAAAAGCUGGUGACUCUCCCCACUAUGGGUGAAAGUUUGGUAAUGUCAGGGACUCGAAACCAUGGACCCAUGGAUCUGUAGUCAGUACCUCUAACAGCUGAGCCAGCCUUACACCUGUAACUGUCAGUGUCCGAAAUUAUAUCUUGUUUAUCUGUACAAACAAACAAGUUUAUGCCUCUUUUGUUAUAUUCUUCUUUUUCUUUAAAAAAUUCUCCCAGCCACCCUGUAAAUAAAGUUUUUCCCUUCUUUGAACACGCCUGGUGUGGUACUCUGGCAAAACAGCUCUGCAGUAAAAAAAUUUCAACUGUGGCAGAAUAGAUGUUUGCAUGAAAUUUUCAUCGUAUUUUAUGGUUUCAAUGAAUAAUGGGUGGUCAUCACCAAACCAAACAACUAGAUCUAUCCUUUUCAAACCACUGCAAAACAUUUGGCCUUGGAUUUGAAAAAAGUAUUUACUGUUACUUUUGAGCGUCACAACUUCAUUAUUUUUCAUUAGAAAAAAUCUCUUAUCCAACAAUGCUUUAGAAAGAGGAGAAUUAAAUUUUGAAAAUGGGGCUUUGAUUUCAAUCCCCCAAACGUUUCCAUUGCAUUUUACAAUUCCAUCAAGAGAUGCACCAAGAUAGGAAUGAGUUUUUGAUAUAAUAAGGCCAGGCUCUUCGAUUAAAAUGUUACAGCCAUCUUCCUUUGACAGUUGUUGUAAAUACAAAGAGCGAAUAUGUGAUUCAAAAGUCUUUCCAUGUUGAGUACUGGCAGAGGAAAAAGAAGAGUAGUACAUGGAAUGAAGCUUUCUUGAUGGUUCAACAGAGUUCACUGCAGCAGUAUAGAAAUUUGAUGCAGUUAUGCGGUACAUUCUAUGGAAUUUCCAUGCUUCAUUUGAUGCUUGGCCACGAAUUGAUUCUUCUAUCUCCUUGAUUUCUUUUUCACCAAGGUUACUCUUUGUGCUGCAAAAAUAUUCCAUCAUCUCUUUGAAACCAGGACAAGAUAUAUCAUAAAAAUUAUUGAAUGGAACUGAGUCCUCAAGAAUACACAAAUUAACAUCAGAAUUAUCAAAUGGGGAAUUCAAAGAUGAUACAAUUUCAGUCGAAAUUGAAGAGGGUGACUCUGGCAGCUUGUAGAAAGAAAAAAAAGUACUGUUUGGCAAACAACUUGCAAGCUUUGACUUCAAUUUUUCAAGUCCUUCCUCAUUCAGUUUUCGGUCUUCCGGUGCUCUUGGGUCAUAGCAUUUUGGUUUCCUUGGAUUAACAUUAUCUUUUCCAAAUUUAAACUUCUGAAUAACAAUUUCAUCAAUAGAUUGAGGCAAAAUAGAUUUCAUUGAAGCAGGAACAUUCCAGGAAGAUAACUUGGAAGUACAGGAAACAGGCUUUGGGCAUUCUUGAUACCCUUCUCUAUUAAAAUCUUCUAGGGCAAAAAGAACACCACCGACAUGAUUACAGUUACCAAAACCACCUAAACCAAUUCCAGCUGGACAUGUACAUGCUGCACUGCAAACAUCGCCGGUUGAAUUUGAAAGAACAACAAGAACUUUAUACAAAGUAUUCUUCAUGGCAGCUUUCAUGCGGACAUCAAAGAAUGUAAAAUUAUUAUCUUUGGCAACAGAAAACUUCUUGAUAUAUCCUUCAUAAAAGAACUGAAAGGACUUGAGCUUUUUGUAACCAGUGCUCUUUAAUGCAAUAUGCUUAAACUUCAAUGUUCUGAUAACAAGAUAAUCAUACAGCUGAACGAAGGUGAAAACGGGAGUAUUACGAAGGUCUGGAAUCUAAGGUAAAUGGCCACAACGCGAUUGAAAGAGGGCAUGGUAUGUGAAACUUUCACCAUCUACGAUUGAAGAAGACGCUGCUGAGCUUGGGAUACCCUUUUCUUGUCGUUCCAAACGGGAAUAGAUCGCAAAGACCCGAAGGAUCAAAUCGGCCUUCACGCCAGAUACUUUCCCUCUGUAACUCAAAAGAAUAUUCUUCAAUUUUUUGACACUUAGUGAUCCCAAGUCAUCGAGACAGUUAACCGACUUUCCAUGUGGUAAAAGCGAUUGAAAUUGAUCCAUUAUUUUCCAGAAUACGGGUCAGAAUAACAGAAAUAUCGGAGAAACUUAACUUCGCGUGAUCAAACAGACAGUCAACCAAAGCUUCAAACAACCUUCGCUUUGUUUUCGAUACAAGACCUCGUUUUGAAAAUGUAUUGUGAAAAAGGUCUAUUGCAGUUUCUGUAGCAGAAAAUUACAAACAAAGAGACAUAAAGCAAUUUUGCUUUUUCUGGUACAGUUGCUGCCAGCCCUGCAUUGUCACACGCACAGAAAGUAAAACACCAGAAAUACCCUGUGUUUAUAACUCAGACACUUUAAUACAACUAAAACAUAAGAAGCAUACUAGGCCCUAACCUAUUCUAAAGCCUUACGACAAAUGACAGAGUUUCGCACCAAUAGCUUCCCCUGUCUCCAUCCAACUGACUCUACUUAAACAACAACUUCUAUAUAUGUACGAAUGGAAUCUAAAGUUAGCAAUACACAAAGAUUAUGGUAACUUAUCUUGCAUUGAAUUCUUCCAGAAGAUUGUCAGGAACAAACUCUGGAUCGACCCUUUGAGUAUGUCCGUCAUAAAAUUCAACCAAAUAGCCCGUAACCAGUCUUUGGCCUAGAAGCCUCAAGCGUAAUUUGUCAUAAACCUUCACAAUAUUUUCAGGUUUGCCAUCAAUUUCUUGAGCCAUCUUGAUCUGUUCCAUGAUCACUCUUUUGAGUUUUCUUGUCUUCUUCUUGGGCAUUAUUAUUUUGACGUUGUUCUCUACAAUCACUUUUGCAACUUCAUACAGUCCAAUCCACGGAUUAUGGAAUUUAGUGGAAGUGCGUUUCUUCACGAUGAAAUCUCCUAACCAAACUUUGUCUCCAACUUUGACUUUCAGCUCUUUGAUGUGUUGAUCAUGGUGAAUAUUCUGUCGCAGCUGUUCUUUUGAUACCAAUUCCUUCACAAGGGUGAAUGCUUACUGUCAUUCAUUUUGCAUUGUCUUGAUGUCUUUGCAGAACAAACUUUUGGAGGUUUCAUGUCUAUUGGCGAAUUUACUUCUCUUCCGUACAUCAAGAAUGUUUGUGUAUGCAUAGUCACUGAGUGGGGAGUGGUCCUGAAAGCAAAUGUAACUGCAUCAAGGUAUUCAUCUCAUUCAUGUUCAAGGCUUCUUAGAAGCAUAGAUCUUCACCGCGUUGAAAAGCGCCCUGUUAAGAUGCUCGUUCAAGCCAUUUGAGGAUGGUCGGAAAGAACAAGUGAAAAUUUCCUUAACCCCAAGCUGUUUGCACAAUGCCUUCACUAAUUUGAAGUGAAUUGACUACCUUGGACCGAGGGAAGUUCUUCUGGGCACCCAUAACAAUGAAUGACGUCACAUAGUGAACGUACCACUGUCUCUGGUUCUGUGUCUUCUACAGGGUACACCAAAGUCCACCUUGUAAAAUGAUCUACUAACACCAAUGCGUACUGGUUUCCUUGAUCUGAUUUCCGCAAGGUCCGACAAAAUCCAUAGCAACAAUCUGAAGAGGACUUUCUGUUUCGAUUGAUUUUACAAGGGUCUUUGUGGCUGGUUUUGUAGACUUGGAGCGUGCACAAUCUUUGCAGUGCCUAAUGUGGGGUUAGAUAUCAGACUUCAUCGUAGGCCAGAAAUAGGACAUAUGUACCUUUCUGUAGGUUCUGAAGAAGCCUGGAUGCCCUGAAAGAGGGCCGUGGUGGAAAUUUACAAGCAACUGUUCAACCAUGGUCUUUGGCACGAUGAUCUGCUCUCUGUUCUUCCCUUGUUUCCCUUGAAACCUCUGAAAAAGGCACACAUUUUCUGUGAUAAAAUGUUGGUCGUUCUCCCUUUCAAAUUUUGCCGCCAGAUUUUUGUCUUUAGGUUUUAAAUUGUUGGUCAGAGAUCUGAUCCACUGUCCAGCUGUUGCUUUCUUUCUGCUUCCGACUGAAGUCCUGUAAUGAGAUUUCAAAGAGAUUCUCUUCUCCCUUUUGAGGGUUCCUCAAGAGGGUGUCAGUGUUUGAAUGGAGUCUGCCAGGGCAAUAAACAACGUUGAAGUCAUAGGACUGAAUCUCGCUGAUGCAAUGUGCAAAUAAAUUGUUUGAAGCAUUCAUGGUCUUCAGCCACUUCAAGGGUUUAUGAUCAGUAACAACAGUGAAAUGUUGACCAUACAGUUAUGGAUAAAAAUGUUUUGAACUCCAGACGAUACCUAAGGCUUCUUUCUGUAGGACAGCAUACUUGAGCUCUGAUAAUUUUAGUAAGCAACUGGCGUAGGCAACUACAACGUCUCCAUCAGACGUGUCUUGAGCAAGCACUGCACCGAUAAUCACAGGCGUCUGUAUACAAUUUAAAUGCCAGGUUGAAAUCUGGACACCUCAGGAUAGGGGCUGUUGCUAAACCCGACUUCAGGUCUUCAAACGAUCUCUGUUCCUUAUCUGUCCAAUUGAAAAUCCCCAUCUUUUUCGUUUAUUUUGCAAGUACCUUUGAUCGUCUGGCAUGGUAAUAAGAAGCUAGGCCUAAAAAACUUCUCACAUCAGCGGCAUUUUGUCUAUUCAAGGCAGAUUAUAUGCCUCUUUCUUUGUCGCUUCGUUCAGUCCACGGUAGUCCACAUUUGGUUUCUCUAACAGUAGAACUGGACUGCUCCAAGGGCUGGCUAAAGCAUUUUCUGCAUCUCCUUUGCAAUUUGCUGUCUCUUUGUCUCUGUUUUUGUUAAUAACGGGACAAUAACCUUUCUCAUCUUUCCCUGCGCGUAAAAAUACCCUUUUUGGACCGUUUCCUUACAUGCUAUAUAAAGGGGUACAGUUUAGCUUAUAAGCAAUUUUGGUGCCCUUGCGUGCAGUUCUUGGCACUUCAAAACAAAAGACAACAUUUUUAUGGGAUCGCGUAAAGAAAAAAAGGUUUUUCAGCUCCCUGUUCACCGAUGCAUGCAGACUUUCUCCCUCCACCUCAGAGAUCAUCCCAAUGGUUUCAAAUCUGAAAGCAAAAUUUGGUACAUUGAAUAUCAAUUCAUGCAUUUAAAAUGUAAUAUUAAGGUUUGGGAAAAAUACUGGGAAGACCUCUCCAAAUCUAUUACAAAGUUCGUCUAAAGUUGCUAUCUCCUCCUGUCAAUCUCCAUUAUUAAUGUUUCCUUUUUGGCAAGGCUCUUUGUGAUCUUUUCUUUCAAAGUUUCCAACAAAUCACUCUGCUGUAUCCCUCUAGAUAGAUAAGUCUCUUUGUGAUCUUUUCUUUCAAAGUUUCCAACAAAUCACUCUGCUGUAUCCCUCUAGAUAGGAAAGAUAAGAAUAGCUAUCAAUAAUUUCUAAUGCUAGCUCCCAAAAGCCCGUUACCUUCCACAUAUAUUCUAGAGAAUCAGUUGUAAAGUACUAUUCUAGAGUACCUUCAAACUUGGUGUAAAGAUUAACAUUGUCCACAGAACCAGAAUUGAUGCUAUUAACAACCUCCACAGGAAACGUAACAUAGCCACCACCUUUGUCCCCUGCAAAACAACCCAUAUUUCAUUGUUAAACAUUGCAGGGUCCUUUUCUCCAGGCAAAGCAUUGAAAAUGUCAACAAGAAAGUGUUGCAAAUCAUAAAUUUUAAUGAAUGGAAGCAUCUCAGUGUGUUCAGAAGUGGCUAUCCUUUGACAUUAAUCCACUCUCAACACGCUCCUCUGCUACAUGCACAGAUUUGUCAUUUUCAGAGGAAGCCAUUUUGCCCUCUGAAGGCCAGAAAUUACAGUCAAACUUAGACAAACAAGAUCUUAAAUCCCUUAUCUUAUUUGUGCUGAGCCGUGCCAAUGCUUUUAUGAUGAUGGCAUCUGACACUGAAAUUUUCCUCUCUGCAUACAGCCCAGCUUCCUCAGUUGCUCUGUGAAAAAGCAAUUUAUGCACUCCAAUUAGUUUUACAAUGCUUCUGAUUGCAAAUGCUUUGCAUUUUAAUCAUUAGAAUUACCAGAAAGAACCUAUAAUGUUAAAAAGAGUCCAGGCUCUUGCCCUUAGAGACUUCUGACAGACAGAGGAAUCGGGAUCAAGUCAGCUCCUUCUCCUUCUUUUCCAAUUCCUGCCUCUUGGUUGAUAUUUAUUUUGCUGCCUCACCAACUCUUUUGUUCAAUGCCAAAACUCUGUCCUCUCCAACUUCUUCUGGCAAGGUCUCCAUUUCGAUAUCCAUCCAAAUUUCCUGCACGCGAUUCCAUAAUUCCAGCUCAUCAAGGUCUGUGUUGAGUUUCUUUACUACCCCAAGCGACUUAUAGUGACGAAGCUGACCGAAUUUUGAUGGUCAUGCUCCUCAAAAAAGGAGAGAGAGUUUGGGGUCUGGGGGCGUAGCCCAAAGGAACAUUUUUUAAGGGCCACGCCCCAUAGACUCUUGGAAAAGGAGGGAAACGCCCUUUUUAGUAUGUAUGAAUCAAAAUAUUUUUGCAAUCAACUAUCUGUCAAUGACGUUAACUUGUAAAGGACUUCUAUACUCCCAUCUCCAACUGCUAAGCAUUUUUUGACAAAUCUUAAAGAUGAUGCUUGGAGAAAAACUAUAUCUACAAAUAUUCAUGAUACUUAAAUUUUUAUCAAUAAUUAGUAUUAUCAAUAAUUGACACUUUUGAUGAUGCUUCUGAAUUUAGAUAUAAGUUGCCAGGCAAGAUUAGUCCUCAAUGAUUGGUAGGCACUUCUCUGUUUACAGUACAGGGAUUUCAGGGACUUAAGUUUCCUAAAAUUUCAUACUGACUUUAGUUUAUAAACUGACUUUAUACAAAUCUAGUCAAAGAUAUUAAGGGCAAUAUAAUUUAGGCUUUACAAAAGAUUUUGCUCCCUGUAUUGAAACUUAAGGCGUGCCUAGAAUACCAUUGAAUUAAGCUCAAGCCCCACGUCAAGGGUUUGCCUACUGCUUGAUUUUCCAUUUUUUAGCAGAAGGAACCCCACAGGCUUUCUAAAGAAGACAUAUCAAAGAGAGGUCCACAAAGAGAGGUCAAACACAACAGUUUGCUAUUUGGGACACUCUCCUUCCAAUUCUUAAAAAACACUGGGUUUACCAAAUCAAGAAAUUCAAAACUUUGACAGUCUGCAAAUCUAUCAUUCAGCAUAGCUAGUGUACUGUCAAUGAUUUCAAAGAAAAGCUGCUUGUAAUUUGGCCUUCUGUCAGACCUUGAAGUAGGCAAUCCAACCAAAUUAACUGUUAAUUCAUAUACAUCAUCAAAUGCAACAUCUGUGCGACAAUCAGACAAAAAAUCUGCAAAAAUCUUAAUCUUGCUCACACCAAAAGAGAACUUAGUUGACCUGUUUUGCAGAAGGCUAAACAAUAUAGAUGAUUGCUUAAGAAUCUUGUCAAAAAAACAUAACAAAAAGCAAAAUUUAAAACUACUAAGGUACUGUAAUAGACCACUUGCUUGCAUCAAAGUACUGUCAUCCCAGCUUGGCGGCUCCUCGACUAUCUCCCCUAAAGCAGUAACAAGCAAUUCAUAUUUCUCAAAAAUGACACCUAUGGUCUGUGGCCGGUAAUACUAUCUUGUUUCUCCUGGGCUUGGAAUAUCAAUGCCUUUUGUGGUUAGAGCAGUUUUCCUUUUUGAGCUAAGGCUUGUUAAGUUACAGAAAGCACUUUUGCUGGCAAAAAAUACCUUGACAAAUGGACAAUGAAAAAAAUAUGCAAAAGGAUAGUCUUGACGAAGAAGAGUUUGAACACCACCAAUGUGCCAGGACAUGACAGUUGCACCAUGAUAUGUUUGCAUAACAAUUUUUUCCUUCAAAGACUCUCCAUAUUUACUUAAAAUAUUCUUUACAAUAGCAGUUAUUGCUGGUGCUGACCUAUCCUGACUUACAUUAACAAAUUUCAAUAGCUUUUCAACUAUUUCUCCUUUACGAUCAAGACAUACAAUAAUAUUCAGCUGCUCCUUUGUUGAAACAUCUGUUGUUUCAUCAACUUGCAUGGACAAGAAAGUGCAGUGUUGGAUCUCCUUGUCAAUCUGGUCCUGGAUCACAGAGUCUGUACACUCAAUAAGAUCAUUCUGGACAUCAGAAGAAACACCCUUGAAAACCCCACCUGAAGAUGCCCUUUUGGGAUCGGCUAACCUCCCAUGCAAACGAUGUUCAAGAAUGGAGUCAAAAUUCGCAAGGCACUCAAGAAGCUCUAGAUAAUUACCUUUAUUAAGGCUACCUUCUGAUUCAUUGUGGCCUCGGAAAGAAAGCUCUUGCUUACCCAAAAAGAGAGUAGCUUCACUUAGGAUUUUUAGCAUUUCCCUGUUUUGCCUUACCUCUUCGUUGUGUCGGUCAAUUUCCUGCCUUCUGGCCCUCCAAAGUAGCACGUCAACUCUCUUCGCAACAUCGAAUGUCUUCCAUGUCUUAUAGGCCUCCAAAUGAGACUUGGCUUUCUCGUGCUUCUUGCAGUCCGAGAAGAAUCCUUGCAUGUUAUUAUAACCUGUUUCAGUCCAUAUUUUGGACAAUUUGGACUGAAAAAGCAAACAAGGCCAACAGAAAAGGCGUUUUUUACAUUUACUUCCACACAGCCAAUCUUUCUUCUCAUACAAAACUUCUUGAAACAUACGGUCUCUUGUCUUGAUACCAAAUUUCGGGGUCUGCCUUUGGUUAACGAUUAACUUUUGCUCGGCCACAUGUCUUGAUGCAAAUGAUUUCUGCAAGAGUUGAUCAAAAAUAUCUCUCUCAGAAUUAGAUUCAACUGAAUUUUCCCACUCCAUUGUAGCGACGUUUCACAAGAUAUCUUGGUUCACAAGGCAGACUUAAGGCAGAUUUAGGUUGGUCAUGCUAAAAAAAUGAGCAUGACCUGGCGUCCCGAACGGGCUAAAUAAGGCAUUAGAAAGAUCAAUUCAGCCAAUCAAAUCAUUGCUAUGUUUAUGAUUAUAAUGACGAGGUCAUGCUAUUCCAAAUAAGCAUGACUUACCACAGGGAUACCGAUUGAAAAGUUAUUGGAAGAACUCAUGAGAGUUGCACAUUUUCGUUGAGAAACCCUGUGGCAGGUCAUGCUCUCCAGAAUGAGAAUGACUUACCACAAAGGACCAAGGUGGGGGACGGCAGUAGUAUAAUGAGAAUGAAAAUUGAAAAGGUUUGUAAUUUUUUUGCCAAUAAAGGAAAGUUUUAUUCGUUAUGUUAAAUAACCUUAUCUCUGAAAAUUCUUAGUCAUGCUAAGCAUGACCAGCAUGACCGCUAGCUUUGCCACUGGUGACUUAUCAUAUUCCUCUUUUAUGCCUUUUUUUUGCAAAGCUUUUUUUGUGUGGCAUUUCAACCAAUCUAAUCUCAACCUAAAAAUAUACCUCUUUUUUUGGAAGUAAAAAUAUGCCUCUAAGAAAUAAUUAAUUUACGCAGUUUCUCCGUUAAACUCUUUUUUGAAACGUACUAUGAGUAGGGGGCUUUACAGAUAAAGGUGCAAGGUGAACCUUUAUCUAUGCACCUCUCAAUGUUAGUUUAUUCGUAAGUUGUAAGAUUAGUCCAUUUUAUAUGAGAUCAACAUCCUCUAAUCUCUUAACCUUAGUUAAAUCAACGAAACAAUCUUCAGUAAGACCUACCUUUAUUAUGUAGUCUACUGCCGCAUUCAUUCUAUGAAAUCGUGUGAUGCGUAACAAUUGCCCAGCAUCAACGAGAAGAUGAGAGAAAAGACUUUUCAGGCCAGACCAAGUAGUUGAAAACCUGCUUGCACUUCUCUCACAUUGAUUUUUUAACGAAAAACUCUCUUAACUUGUUCCUUAUGCUCAUUCUUAAUCUUAUUCAUGCAAAAAAGUAUUUAUUGUCUAUAGUUUGGAAGUGCCUGAGAAAAGAUUGAAGAACACUUUGGCCUAAGAUCACCAUCGUGUCAGAAAAGAUAAAAAAUGAUGAUCUUUUAAAAAAUUUUCCCUGAAACUAGAUAAAAUUCAGCAAACAACAAAUAAACGAUAAAAAUAAACAGAGGUUUAUCUUUCUUUUAAAAGCAUCUGUGAUCUUUUGCAAUAAUUCUAUGAUUUUAUACUGAGUUUUGAAAAUUACUCAAUUUUCGAAAGUUGCGUGUUGCGGUUUGUUUAAUGGCCAAAUAUUGGCUGUUCUUAUUUCCCCAAAACAAUAGGGGUAACGGUCAUGAUUCUAAAUAGUUUUGGAUACAAAUACACCUAAGAUAUUUUGUUCAUUCUGAACCCCCAAGAAAAGUUGUGCAAAUACAUUUCUGUUAGCCCCUGAUAAUAAAGUGCCCUCAUCAAUAACCUCUCAACAGUUAUACCCAAGGUUUUUUGCUUCUUCUAAACCCCAGACAAAGUUUUUGAAAAAAACUUCUGUAGGCCUUGUCUAUUUAAUUCAAUGUUUUAAAAUAUAAAAAAAUACAUUGGAAAACCAAAUCUGUGAACAGCACAAAGUUCUCACAAGUGAGCCACACACCAUUGUCAUGAUCUUAAUAAUGGGUUGAACAAAAAAUAAAUCUAGCAACAUUGUUAGAGAACUUUACGUUCAGUACCUUCAAAAGAGCGCUAAAUGGGUUCAGAAGAUAAGGAAUCUUUGGAAAACCUCAAAAAUAAAAUAUGAGAAGAUUUGAUAGAAGCCCAGAAAAGCACCUAAAUCUGGUAGCGAAGCCAAUCUUAGGGAGUUUUAGGCCCAAAUUUUCAUCAGAGGGGCAGUAGGGUGGAAAGCAAUUCAAAAGAAUUAUCUUUCAGUUUUACAUCCAGUUCUUUAUCAGAGGGCUGGUAGGGUUGAAAUCAUUUCAAACAAUCUAUUGAUCUGCUUAUUUAAGACUUUGAAAGAGUUCAGCUAGACAAAUGCCAUUAAGGGAGAAAAUAAGAGUACUCAUUGCUGUUAUUUUGAAGUGAAGGGGCUAGGUAACCGAGAUUUCCAACCUUAUCUAAGAAGUAAGGGUGGAUGGAAGGUCUGGGAAAAGUUCCAACUCAUUCGGGCAAGAAACCUAGGAUCAUAAAUCCGUGGGAUAUUGGACCAAUUUUGAUAGUGGAGCUCAUUUGAAUAUAAGCGUAUAAUAAUUAUAUGUAGAAGGGAAAUAAUUACAAUUAUUUAAUUAAUAAAUCCUGUUGUCUGUAAAUUAUUUAAUUCUUGUAACAACAGAAUUUAGGUACGAAAAAUCUGACUUUAGCAAGUAGUCCAUUCACUCUUGCUAAUAGCGUUGCAUGGAUCGCUGUAUUUGCCUGUAUUGCUCGUUUCCCUUGUUCUGCAGUUGGACGAGUUGUAGCUUGCUCCUGGAUUCUUGCUCGUGAUGUCACAUCAAAGAUUUAUGUAUGGUGUUUUCCACUGCAUUAGUUGCAUCCCUUUGAUCAACACCUUGAAGCAACAUGGCCAAACCCAGUAAAAUUGAAGCACAACCUGUUCUUCUUUAAAACUUCUUUUCUGCUGGCCACAUCCAAAAUAUUGCAGCAGUCAAAGCUUCUGUGAUUUUGCAAUCCACAACUGUUGGCUUUUCUUGAUGGUUUUUGAGCAGUUGCCAAAUUGUCCCACCUUGCUCUCCAGUCAUUAUCAGCUUCACUUCUUCUCUUGAGCUGGGUUUGAUCUGAUGAGACCCCUAUUUCAUCUUCUGGUAAUUGGUUUCUAUUGGUGUACUGCCUGAGAUUUUCCACCAGCUCCUCCAAUUCCCACUCCUCCCAGUUAUUGUCGUUUUGCAUCAGGGCAUUCUCUAUUGGACCCAGUUUAUCCAUCAGGGUGUAGACGAAGCUUUGUGCAGUCUCAAGUUUCUUCACUGUAACCAAUGCCCUUACGAUCCUGGAAAGCUUGUUAAAAAAACUGUGAACUUCUCUAAUCUUGUGGUUAUUGGAGAUUGCAGGCAGGUUCUCCAUUUCUUUGAUCAGAGCUUUGUGAAUCUUAAUGUCUCUGCCUUAAUUCUGUUCAAGAAUCCGCUUGGCUUCUCGGUAUCCAUCCUCACUAUGGGGCAAACCAAGUAUGUCCUGCUUUGGUUUCCCAGAUACCAACUCAAAAAGGGUGCAAACACAAAUUAAAACCAAACGCAAGUUUGCACCUACAUCACAUCCUGACCCUCUUGUACUCCCAUAUGACCAAGAGUACGAUGGGAGCAGUCCUGAAUGGUAUCAAGAUGUUUCUGAUGAAGAAAAUUCCAGUGGCUAGAAUGAUUCAGAUACCAAGGAUGAACUGCCAUUACAUGAAGACAGGAAAUUCAUUGUCUUUGAAAGUUGUCUCAUGAAACUUUUUGCAGUAUGUAUGUUCUGCCUUGCAUCAUGUUACAGUCUCAAAAAAGUUGUUUCUGGUACAUUGCUGAGGAUACAUGCAACUUGCAUCAAUGGGCAUAAAAGGAUCUGGAACAGUCAACAUUUUCUCAGUGACAUACCAAUGGAGCAAUGAAGUUGGUUGUUCAUGCAAGAUGGAGUUAAGUGGUUUGAAACGAGCACUGGCUGAUAUUGAGAAACUGUGAGUCAGCUUUGAGACACUUGUGACAGACAGACAUGCCGGUGUUAUAAAGUAUAUCAGAGAGGUGCACUCUACAAAAAAAUAGCUUUGAUGCAUUCCAUGUUGCCAAAUGUGAGUCAGAAGCAUUUAUCCCUCUUGUAUUGACACCACAUUCUGACAUAUUGAUUGAUGUCAUAGCAAAUGGGGGAAAUUAAAGAAUGAAAGUCAACUGAAAAGGCACUACUUGAAUGGUCUGCACUAAAACAAAAGCAGUAGUUGUUACCAAUAACUGGCUACAAAACGGGCUAACAGGCCAUCAGGACUAGCACCAAGGAAGGGAACUUAAGUAUUGAUCCACAUCUCUGUUUCCACAACAUUACUUCUUGUGGCCAUCAUAUAUGCUCUUCUUGCUUGUGGUUUUUCCUCUACCCCAUAUUCCAUAUACAUGGUUGCGAUAUGCUUUGAAAACUAUAGAUUAUUGGAAAUCCAUUUAUGCAAAGACCAUGCAUAUUUAUUCCCAUUUCCAGCAAGAAUUUGUUCUCCAAAUAUGAAUGGCAGCUUGCAUUUGGAGGCUGUAAUUCAAAGCAGCCUAUCAUUAAACCAUAAUCCUCAUAAAUUAUUUUCAGUGUCAUCUUCCACAUGGACUGGUCAUUUUCUUUACAGCUUAUUACCUGUAGAUCCUUAACAAAUUCAUUUAUGUCCUGAUCGUUUGGCCUUUCUCUGAAAUUUACAGGUCUAGGCACCCAGUUAAUAAUCCUGUCCUUGAAGAAUUUCUUAGAUGAAUAGUUCUCCUCGUGAAUGGUCUUUGGGUUUUUCUUUCUCUUUUCCCCUGUUUUCCACACACAUGACUUAGAAGUGGAAGGAGAAAUCACAGUGUAGCCAUUAUUCUUUGCAAAGUCAGUGAUUUUUAAAAGAAGUGCAGCAGUAUGGGCACAUCUUGCAAGUGCUGAGGCUUUACAAUUGCAUUUAGCGAGCUGAACUGAUCCACUGAUGCUUGACAGACCAAUAACAACAUUUAAUGGCACAUCAUUCUUCAUUGAGUGGUGCACAAGGGCAUGUACAAAGUAGGAAUCCUAAAUUUUGUUGUCUUAAAUGUCACUUAUGAAAUCAAUUUCCAUCAAAUUCAUAGCCAUCUUCACUGUUGAAAUGUGUUUUGAAUGUGUUCCUAAUUUCUUUAGCUUCAAAUUUGUACCUGUUCCCUUGACUGUGCUUUAAACGAUGAAGGGCAUUCCCAUCAUUUUCUACAAUAGCUCUCCAAUCUCCUGGGUGAAUAUUUCCUGUGCUGUCUUCAUUAUCAAUGAAGCCAGCAGGGGUGUGAUUAGCUGUGUCUGUCAGCCGAAGAUAGUUAUGAAGGCAUACAACUGCUUUAAUAUUAGUAUUCUGUAGUAUUCUUUAGUAUUCUGUAGUAUUCUGUCUCUAUAGUAUUCUGUCCUGCUCUUAUUGGGCGACGGAAAAUUCUCCAUUUGGCAGACAUUAUACAAAAGGUAUUUUGUUCUAGGUGCUCAAGAGUGCUGAUAGUUGUAUAUUCUUUGGUCUUCAAUUAAUUCUCCACCAGGAUAUGAUUUCAUUAGCCAUGGUUUCACAACAAAUAUGUCACCUACGAUAAGUACAAAUGGCAUUGAGGAGCCUCCUACUUCCUCUGCAUUCGGCACUGACAACAAAUUGUCCUCGUUAAUUUUUAAAGGAAUUGAAAGGAAUUAACUUACUUUUAGGAAUUAACUUCCUCUAAAAUUUAAAGGUCUAGGAUCACAGUUCUGUUCUUGGAGAAUUUCUCAGAUGAAUAGCUCUCCUCGUUAAUGGUCUUUGGGUCUUUCUUUCUCCUGAAAUCCCUUUCCAUCAAAUUCAUUCUUUUUCUAAGCGGUUUUGCAGUUGCUGUAUAACCAGUAUUGCUUUUGUCGUUGCUGUCUUUGUCAUUGUUUCCUGUGGCAAACUGUGAGAUGGACUCGACUAGGUAGUGGUAAACGUGGCCAUAGUUAGACAUAUGUCACAAGAAGGAAAGCUUUUCCAACCUUCACCAGAAAUUUUCCAAACUGCUGGGGCAUCUUCGACUUGUAAACUUGAUCUUUUAAUAUCGUACCUUUUUCCAUCAUCAACCUAAGGGUCUAUUCCUGCCUUUGUCUCAAUAGCACCCGUCACUUUGUCUAUCAAAUCUUGUUUCUUUCACGUCCGCUUUACACCAUGACAUUCGAGCCAUUGUUUCAACUCUACCACAUAAUACUCUGCUGGAUCUUUAGAAAAGCAUGCACCAGGAACAUUUUGUUCAACCAAAAUAACAUCUUCCAUAGCCAAUGUAACCAGAAAGGAUCAAUGCUUACAAAUUUCGUGAGCGAGUAUUCACUGAAACAUAUAUGAUUGGCGUGUUGUUUGUUCGAUCUUCGAUCCCAUCACACAUUGGGUCAAAAUACCUGACGUCAAUUGAAUAAAGCGCUAUUACAAUUCACAGCAAAUGGUCAAACUUUCUGUUAGGAACCAAUAAAAGAUCUCUUGAAAUUUGGAGAAUAUAUUGAUGCUAGAUGCUGCAUAUUUGAAAGCCAUUAUAAGGAACUUGUGGAUAUGAUAGUUUGCGAUGCAAAUUCAAAAGGAUGAAUGGUACAUCAAUGUACAAAAUGCCCUGGUAUUGAAGGUCUCAAUUUUUAUUUAAUUGGCAUAUUCACUUUGUGAUGCAAAUUCAAAGAAAUGUAUGGUACAUCGAUGUAGGAAAUGCCCUGGUAUUGAAAGUUUCAUUUUUAUUAAACUGGCGUGUUCACUAGAAACAAAGAGCACAAUGAACAUGAAAAUGGUGAUAACUCAGACGAUGAUGAAGAGCUUUGAGAAAUGAUUACCUAGAAGCAUCAAAAACUGCUAUUGUCUGAUUCGUGUAUUGCAAAGUCUCAAGCAACCUACUUGAAAGGACCUAAAAGUGCUUUUCUGAGAGAAAACAUCAUUCCUGGUGACUUUGCAAAAAUACAAAUUCCUAAUACCAGUGUUUUACUUUUUCCAUGGUUACCGGAAUCUGCAUGGGCUACUGCAUCAGGGCAAGAUGCAUUAUGCCAAACACUGCCUGACAUGACAACAACAUGAACUCAUUCUCAAAUCUAUUUAUAAGAUGAACAAAACUUUAAGGAGGCAAAUAUGGGAUUACACCCACGCAUUCGCAAAAACAAAAAUAAUAUGAAAUGUUUCAACUAGUCUACAAUCUUUUUGUGUUCCCCUUCCGUUGAGACAUACAAUUUGUGAGCGUUUUUGGUAAAAAAUGCUUUAUUUUGGGACAGAAUCAAAAUAAUGAGCCCACGCAAAAAAUUGGAGAUGUGAAAUUUUAAAUUUAUCUUAUUGGCCCCCCUGUCUAAGUCUAGAAGUUGUCGCUGUUCUUAAUGCUUCAAAUUGAUGACACAACUAUCACAUUAUCAACGUUUUUGGUAAAAAUUGCUUUAUUUGGGAACAGGAGCGAAAUAGGCAGAGAAAACCAAAGCUUUGGUUAUGUAUAGUCCUCUUUUCUAGCAGAUAAAUUGCUAACGGUAUAUUUGUGAUUGAUAUAUUUUCUUAGUUAAAUUACAAAAUUAUUCACAAAUAUUGCAUUUCUAAAGGUUUUUGCUUUUAUUCAGGUCCUAAUCCAUCAUCAACAUACUUUUUUACAAAAGGAGUUCUUUCAAGGAGGAGUAGAUUUUAAAUUUUUCCCAUUCUAAUUUCCUAUGUAAAAUUUAAAGAAUUCUAACUUUACGCAAAGCUGAUACAUAUUUGUUAUCGAUAUGUGAUGUGAUGAAAUACAUCUCGAAAUACACUUUAUUUUAAAAAUAUUGUUGAUAGUAUAUUCAGGCUCAGUGUUACAAAAGUUCUAAAAAUAUUGUAAGGUUAUUUCCCAGACUCGGCUUGCAUAUUUCUUUUUCAUUUUCCAGUAGUUGCCUGUUGUUCAGUGUACACAACAGAGAUUACUGAAUACAUUUUUUUGAAAAUGGUUUCCAUUUCAGGGCGAGCAUAAUAACAAUACUGUAAGAAUGUGUUCUGAAUAAAUCCAAACUUUUCUUUAAAAUAUCGAUGCUGCACAAAAUGUAUAGAAUUUUUUUUUAAAAGAAGAUUGUACUUUUUUCGAUUGUACUUGAAAAUUCAAUUCUGUGGAUAGGAGGAGAAAACUGCUAAUGGACGUUUAAAGUACAUUCUUUUUUGUACAAGUACAAGAGGUGAUUGGAUCGAAGCUACUAGAGUUUUCUUCCUCUGUUGCUAGUACUGCUUUGAAAAGUUUCAAUAGUAUUUUAGGGGGGGGGGGGGGGGGGGAAAGAUACAUUUUCUAACUAGACCAGUCAAUACCUAAUGUUUCAAACCAUUUGACUUUUGUUCGCCAUUAAUUUUUCUUUAAUUUCGUCUUCAGUUGUUAAUUUGUCCUACAAAAAGUCAUCAAACUCUUCCUUUAUGCAAUCAAAUUGACGCAAAUGUAGUAAUUUCUGGUAGACUUCCGUAGUCUUUUCUUGGUUGGAGCCUGGAAUGUGCUGUAUUUUCCGACCAUUAACUUUCCUGGCUGCUCCUUCUCGUACUUUCUUUUCGCUUUGUUAUUGGACAAAAGGAGAUGAAAUUCAUACAUUCUUUUUGGCAGCUCACUCUGUCCUUUUCCUUUUUUAAUUUGAUGCUCAUUUGAUUUUUGAACAAAAGGCAAGUGAAACCAUCAAGAGCAGCUGCGCGCCAUCUGUUUAAAUAUGGAAAAGUAAAUAUUAAACAAAAUUUAAUUUUUAAAAGAUAAAAACUGCCCACAAUAAAAUUUCGAUACUUUUUAUCUAAAAUUCUACAAAAUAGCUUUUACAUACCUGUUGAGUGUCACCAGCAAAUGUUCCACAAAUGCAUCACCCAUUAUCGAGUUCAUCUAUUAAAAGAGCAUUUUUCUUUGUCAGGUAAACUUAAAAAAAUUUGUUUGAACAUUUUUUCAUUUUUCACAUCAUCUUUAACACUGUAGUUGCACUUCUAUGAAAACCUUAUUUUGAAUUGGCAAGAGCAAAGUUUUGCUUUCUUCGAUAUGAACACUAUGAAGAAAUUUUUUCUUUAUAUUGAUACCAUACUAUUAAAAAUUUUAGUGAAAUUCUAAUAACCUGAGUCAGAGAGCAGCAGUUGACCAAUAAUCUUGUGAUAUGCAAUUAAAUCUUCUGGCUUCAUUUUGAAUUGCCAACGCUGGUCUCUCAGCAAAACCUCAGCAAACUGAAAUGAUACGUUUAGAGCUAGCUCUAAAAAUUUGAAACGACAAGGAUGAACGAGCAUAAUUAACAUUAAUCAACUGCAACACUCCUGUUCUUGAAAGCUGCAAGGAAAGUUUUAAAUAUGCUGAAAGCUCUGAUAAAGAAUGUAAAAAUGAUUUGAUGGUUUGCAUCCUUACACAAAAAAAUUUUCACCCCACAAUAUUUCACAUUUUCCAACAAAUAUGACCCUUUCAAACGUAAUUCCUUAAUAAAUCUCCAUAAAUUUUUGUUAACCAUAUUCGUAGCGAUGUUGUUGUCUGUUAUCAUCAUUGUCAUAAUUAUCAUUGUCAUUAUUAAAUUACAAUACAUUGUCAAAUCGUUAUUUUAUCUGAUCAACGCCAAAUGCAUCUAUGAAACACAAACCUUCAUACAGAAGACACCACAAUUGUAUGAGUCAUGUUAAUCUGGGUGGUUUUGGGUAACAAUUGAACCAUUCUCUUGGCAUGCUUGUCUUCCAGCUCAUCGCUCUUUGAUAGCAGAAGUUUCUAUGAAUAUAAUUUCUAUCAGAAAAUGCAAUCAAGAGGUUGGUAGAAAUAGAUGGGCCACGUCUGUUUUUUUAUUUUUUAGAUUUAUUUAAGCGCAAACCCACCUCCAGUUUCUCUUGAUUUUCUCAAGAUGCGACACAGACUCUCCCAGAGGGUUAAGAUAUAAGAUCAUUCCAGAUUUUGGUCAAGCAGCCUUUCGAGAAAGCAAAAAGAUUUCUCAUUACUUCUUCAAACAGCAAGGUGAUUAUUGCCGUGCCAAAAAUUAAGCUAGGUGAUUAUUACCAUGCCCAAAGUAUCUAGACGAGAUUUAUAUAUCAACCUGUUUAAAGAGGUGGUACAUUGAAUGAAUCAAGCACACAUAAGAAAACAGCAGUUGCUGUGAAUUACCAUAUUUUCUCAAAAAUUAGUCAAAAUAUAUCUUGUAUACUUACCUCUUCAAACGACUUCUGUAAUAACGCCCAGCACAAAUGUAGGUCGUUGUGACUGAAUUGAUUGUCAGUACAUUCAGCUGCAAAUAAUCAGAAGAUCUGUUGUUAUAACAGAAACGUCUAUACAACUGGCGUUCAAACCUGCAGAAUAUCACAAAUCUAAAAAUAAAAAGACUUAGCAAAUUGUAGCAAAUGCACAGAGCUGAAGGGUACAAAGAAAAUAUCAGUAGUGACUGAGAAGCAUUACCCUUUUGUCAUUGUAUGCUUUUCUCACAAGCAGCUGUAAGUAAGCAUCUAUGACCUGAAAACAAGUUUAUAGAAUAAUGUAAUCAGAGUUUGAUGCUCAAAUGCAAUUAAAAUUAUUUUGAUUUCCAAGACAAACUGUAUAGGAACAUAUGCAUAAGUUGACAAAUUAUCGCUUAGUUUACAACAUUUUUAAACCAGUUAAUCUUUGUAUUAGUAAAUUUGAAACGAAAUAGGAAACAAAAAAAGAAGAUAAGUGAAAUUUUUAAAACUAAAGAAAAAUAAUCACUACCUCAUCAUCAAUCUCUGAGCAAUCGUUUAGUUUUGAAAAACUGUAGUCCUUCAAAUGGAACUCUGCGUAUUUGGCUUCUGUUAAACCGACAGGUUCAUUUGACCAGAUACCGAAAAGGACUGAAAAAAAAAAAAGAAAAGAGUUUCUAGUUCAAUUAAGAAAAACUCUCAUUGCAUGCAAAACUUGAGAUUAGAUUAGAUACGUGAGAUUAGAAAGGAUAUUGUAUUUUUGAUACAAACAGAACACGUUUUAAAAUUAUAAUUGUCAAUAAAUAACUUACAUUCUGAUGGACUGAUAUGUAAAGUUUUUGAAUUUAUCUGCAGAGCGAAACAUAUCUUCAUAAGCAACAAAAGACAAGGUGGAUCCUGCACUUGGCUGUCGAAAAAUUGGGGACAGAUAAGGAGACAUAAAUUGAAUAUCUCCUGACCCACUAUUUAUACCCACUCCAGGUGUCAACAAAUCCUGGCAAAAAAGCCAAAGACAAUGUGAAUCACAAUUAUGAUUUCUUUAAAUCUGUCUAAUGAAAUAGCCCGUGUCAACAGGAAACAAAUGUUUCUAAGUACCUAGUCAACUGUUUUUGGUGUCCCUUGUUCCAUUCGGCUUGUUUCAACUUUGAAACAUCCUACAAAUGAAAAAGCAUUUGAUUUUGAGUUGGGUCUCGUCUGACACUAACACAAAAGCAAUUGAAAAAUGCAUUUAGAAUGAAAAUCGCAACAAUAUGAUGUUUCUAACUACCUGAUCAUCUGUUUUUGGUGUCUCUUGCUUCAUUUGGGUUUGUUUCACCUUCGAACCAUCCUACAAAUUGGACGCAGUUGACUUUGAAAAUUCUGGUUUAAUUGUGUUAUUCAGAUAAUUUUUUUGCAAUUUGUGUCACAUAGUUACAAGCUUUUCCAUAAUCCAUAGUUUUAAUUUAAGGCGCAAAGAAUAACUUCCUUGGAGAAAAAAAAUUUGUACAGUUAGUUCUUCAAUGACAGGGAUUUUUCCAACAUAGAUAGCAAAAGAAGGAAGGUAAUGUUGACACUUCAUAUCUCCAAUCAUACCCCCCUUCCAAACACAUCCAUUUAAGAUAACUAGCCUUUCAUUUAAGAGCUUGAGGAUAAAUUUUACAUACUGGAAAAGUCUGCCGGUAGCUGCAAGUAUCUUCUCCAACCAAAAGUAUAAGGUUUCUGGUGCUGCACACUGACAAGCCUUUUGCAUCCUUUUAGUUGUACAUUUUUGUUAUUUUUUAUAGAAAUGAUUUCGAAGGGUCCUUUCCAUGACUCUUUUAAGGAGUCAUCCUUUUUGACGCCUUCUGUAAAUUAAAAAGAAGCACCAGCUGCCCUUCUUCGAAUAAAACUGGCUUUCCGCCUAUCUUGUUUCUAGCUCUAUAAUAUUUUGUUUGUCUCGCUGGUGCCUCGUCAAUGUUUUGAGAUACUUUUUCAAGCAGAUCAAUUACUUCCAUCUCUAGAUUCUGUACCCAGGUCUUAUACUCUUCAGCAGAAGGCAAGUUAAUCGUAACCUGUAAGACAGAUUUUUCAAUAUAGAUUAAUUCCAUUAAUAACCUAAGAAUAAAAGAGCGACAUGAAGAGAUAUUAAGUGCCUUAAUAGUCUCCGAAACCACUGGAAUGGUGAUAAAUCAACAUUUUUCAUUGGAUACAUUUUUAUUUCUGAGAACACUUACAUUGGACCAAUCUUCACCAUUAGUUUCCAACUGGACUGGUUUUCUAGCCUCUCGAUUACAUAGUAAUUGGAAAGGCAAAAAUUUUGUUGAACAAGGCACACUUGUCCUAAUUGCAAAAGAACAAGGUCAAGGUGCAGGUCUCAGUCAUUUUGCUUCUAGUUUACCAUUUUUCCGAGUGACCUGAAAAUAACUUCACUGAUGAUUAAUUUAUGAAUACCUUGAUUAAGAAUACAGUAGAAAAGUCAUAAUCAAACAUCAAUUUUCGCUACAUUUAAACUUUUCUGCUAUUCAUGUUACUCUAUUUGAUUCGAUUCUAUUCAGCUAUUUAGCUGUUUAUAAUGAUAAUAUAAAGUUAUUACCUACCUCUUUACAGUUUGGCUCGUUUUUUCAUCCAAGCCGUUGGUUUGAGGAUGGUAGGCAGCGGUUUGCUUUAGCUCUACUGUGAGAUAUUUGCAGAAUUUGAGAUAAUUUUAGAUAACAUCAUUUCCCUGUCAGUGAUAAAAUAUUUUUUGGCUCUUCAAUUUUAGUCAUCCUUGUUUAUUCUUUUACUUGAAAUUGCACAAUUUUAUUCACAGCUGCAAUUUGAUAGCACUUUUAAUUGAAGGUCCCGUCUACACAAAUGCGAUUUUAAAUAUUACUCUAAUUUUUUUUGUUUUUGUAGUCAACCUUGAAAAAAUCUGUGUAGACGUUGUUAAACGUAUAGCACUAUUAACAAAAAUGUUUUUAGAUACAUCUGUGAGCAUUUCAAGUGCUUAUUCUUAUGUUAUUUAGCUUGGGUUGUGGUAUUUGUUAGUUACUCGUGUAAAUAGGAGUUUUUGUUAUGUUUUGGUAAAGAGAAGUCAUAAAAAUUAGGUCUUCUCAUCUUUCUAUACCUUGCAUUCUCCACAUUCUAACAACUUUGUUGUGUGAAUUAUUGUUCCCUGUGGCUGGCAACAAACCUGUGGCUCAUCAAUAAAAAAAUUGACACUUUAAUCUUUUGAAAGUAUUUUAUCAAAUAUUCGGUAAAAAUUGUUGCCAAUUUUUUAAAGUUUUGUUUAAAAUUGGUUCUUGACCAUUAACUAGCGCCUGACGGGUUCAGAAAGGCAAAUUUCAAAUUUCGCUGGUCAGGUUGUUUAAACACUGUCGUUAUUUUAUUUGUUUUGUCAAACCGGGGUGAUACUUUUGUGAGUUGAGUGUACUAAGGCAUAUCCUCAGGACAAAAAGUUCAUUCAAAAAUGGAUACAAAGUGUCUCCGUUUUCAGGGUGAACACAAAAAUGUGUUUUUCAUUAUACGCUUUGCAAUAGAAUUCACUUUAAUCUUCAAAAGCAGCCAACUUUCAAAAACAGUUAUCUGCCAUUUCUCGACUGUGAUAUUUUGUAAUGCUAACAACAAGAAGGUUAGGGUGUUUUAAAAAUGAUACCUCAUAAUGGAAGAGAUUGAGGUUCCAGCCAAUCAGAAAGCCGUAUUUAAAAAGCUGCUCUGUAAUUGGUAGGACAAGAAGUUGUCGUGAGCACCAGUUUUUGAGUACUUUGGAUUAUCAGUCUCUGUUGUAGCAUCUGUCAAGCGAGGCAGUAGUGAAACAGGGGCUCAAGAAGUAAGUCUAUGUUUAGUAAAGAAUCAAAAUGUCAAAGUGCACCGACAACAGGCAGUAUUCUUUGAAUCCUAAUGACAUUGCAAAAAUCAAAGAAAGAAUAAAAUGUAACAUUUCUUAAUUUUUAAUACAUAAAUUAGAAGUUGCAGAUUGAAAUCAUAAAAAAAUUUGAUAGGUAUUUGUAUUUCUCAAUAUAAAAUCAGUUUAUUUGUUAAACUAUCCCUGAAUCAGUUUGUGAAAUUCCCAAAAUUCAAAACUUUCGCAAGAGUACUGAUAAUAUUACCAACUAAAAUAAAUGCAACAGAGCAUUUGAGUUCUUAUAUUUAAGUAACCUAUUGGUCAUAGUUUUCUGGUAAUUGAUUCUCUAAACAUUAUGACGAUUUUCAAACUCUGUUGUAUGUUCAAAGAUAUCAUCCCUAAUUAUUAGAACAUUUUUUUCAGAGUCCACCCAAAUUAGCCCUAACGUACACCCUUAAUAACAAGCAAUUCAUGAAUGAUUAAAGGUUUUGAAUUGGGCUUGAAAAUAUUUUAAAAUUAAUUUCUAGAAGUCCAUCAAUCCAAUUAUUGAGUAAGUAAGUAAAGAUUGCUCAACCUUAAUUUGCUUGUGUAUAUAACAAACUUACAAAAAACCAACUUUGGGAUAUUUUGCCAACGUGAUUAAUUUUGAGCCAAAAGGUGGAACACUUGCUGCUUCAGCAACUUUCUUCACUUCUUUCUCUAAAAAUGGAAUACGCAACAUUAAUGUUAUUUUAGUUUUAAGGCCAUUUUUGGAUUUAAUGUUGUUUACAGGGUAUGGUAUGUUUAUGGCAAAAUUACAAACGUUAAGGAAUGUCAUAGAUUAUUAAAAUCAAAUUGCGGACUGAAGAAAUUAAGGCACAAAAAACACAGAAUUUCAAAUAGCUUUAUUUUACAAACCAAAUGAGAUAUUUGACUGAAAUUUUCAAAUUUUGUCUUUCUCA